GGCCUCCGGGAUGACGCGCGGGCGCCCGGGCGCGGCGCCACCGGGACCCCAGUGGCUCUGGGAGCCGGCGCGGCGGCGGGCGCCCGGGCGGGUUCUGCGCUGAGCCGCCACCUCGGCCGGCUGGUCCCUGCGGCGGCGGCCCGGGCAGCCCGGGCGCACGGCCCUUCGCCAUGUACACCUUCGUGGUGCGCGACGAGAACAGCAGCGUCUACGCCGAGGUCUCGCGGCUGCUGCUCGCCACCGGCCACUGGAAGAGGCUGAGGCGCGACAACCCCAGGUUCAACCUGAUGCUGGGCGAGAGGAACCGGCUGCCCUUCGGGAGACUGGGUCACGAGCCUGGGCUGAUGCAGUUGGUGAAUUACUACAGAGGGGCUGACAAACUGUGUCGCAAAGCUUCUUUAGUGAAGCUAAUCAAGACAAGCCCAGACCUGGCUGAAUCCUGCACAUGGUUUCCAGAGUCCUAUGUGAUUUAUCCAACUAAUCUCAAGACCCCAGUUGCUCCAGCACAGAAUGGAAUUCACCCACCAGUCCAUAAUUCAAGGACAGAUGAAAGGGAGUUCUUCCUGGCUUCUUAUAACAGAAAGAAAGAAGAUGGAGAGGGCAAUGUUUGGAUUGCAAAGUCAUCAGCUGGUGCCAAAGGUGAAGGCAUCCUCAUCUCCUCGGAGGCUACAGAGCUUCUGGAUUUCAUUGACAACCAGGGUCAGGUACACGUGAUCCAGAAAUACCUUGAGCACCCUCUACUUCUGGAGCCAGGUCACCGCAAGUUUGACAUUCGAAGCUGGGUCUUGGUGGAUCAUCAGUAUAAUAUCUACCUCUAUAAAGAGGGUGUGCUUCGGACUGCUUCAGAACCAUAUCAUGUUGAUAAUUUCCAAGACAAAACCUGCCAUUUGACCAAUCACUGCAUUCAAAAGGAGUACUCAAAGAAUUAUGGAAAGUAUGAAGAAGGGAACGAAAUGUUCUUUGAGGAGUUCAAUCAGUACCUAAUAAGUGCUUUGAACAUUACCCUGGAAAGUAGUAUCUUACUACAAAUUAAACAUAUAAUAAGAAGCUGCCUCAUGAGCGUGGAGCCCGCCAUCAGCACCAGGCACCUCCCUUACCAGAGCUUCCAGCUCUUUGGCUUCGACUUCAUGGUGGACGAGGAGCUGAAGGUCUGGCUCAUUGAGGUCAACGGCGCCCCAGCUUGUGCUCAGUCUCAGCUUAUUUGUCACCCUGGAGAGUCUCUCCUAGAGUUUGCUCAGCCACGCUGAAGGUGCUUUCCCUCCAAGUAUCCCCACCACAGACAGGCACGAUGGCUCUCACACUCGAUUGAAGUUGCCCGUCUUCCCUGCCAGUGAGAGCAGGAGUCAUUUGUCUGUUCACCUGAGACCUUCCAGAAAUAUUUGUUGAGGGGAUGCUUGAUCUUCGUGCAGCAUUUGUAUGUACCAUGGAAACCAAUACUAUGAAUUUGGUCGUGAGGUGGAACAUCUAGGGCAGGUCCUGGUGAAAAAAACUUUGACUUUUCACGUGCACGUUGAGGAACAUCUUCAGUGAUACUCUUUAAAACACGUUGCAGGAAGCUUUAUGCAGAACUGUGCCAGGGCAUCGUGGACAUAGCCAUAUCCAGUGUCUUCCCGCCCCCGGACGCGGAGCCACAGCACGUGCAGCUGGCUGCCUUCAUCAAGCUGUGACCGAGGGAGGUGCUCAGAGCUGCCUCAGAAGAAGCACGAGCUCCUGCUCCAGGGGAAGGUGAAAUGUCAGGAUUGCUCAUUACCAAGCCGGGACUGGAGAAAGAGAGGCAAACCGCAAAGCCGUGAUCCAAGGGAGAACACAAGAAGAAAAGGCCACUUCCCCAAAGAGUGGUGGCUCAGGGGUUCCCAGGGGGCACUCUCAGCACUGCUAUGGAGAUGUGAAAACUGAAGCAAAUUUCUCUGAGGAGAGAGCAAAAUAUUCUUCUAAGGGGAAAAGACAGGGAUUUGAUUAUUUUACAUUCUCACCCUUUAAAAAAUCCAAUUUUUAUCCUAAGGCAGCAUUGUGAGCAGCGCCUCUCCUCCCUGAGGGUUGAGACUGUUGGACCUUUGGUUGGUGUCUUUCCACCUGCUGCAGCCCUAGUGCCUUAGCUCUAUGCCCAGCUGCAACCCUCCGUCCGGGGCAGGGAUUGGGGGGUUGCCGAGGAGUUCCCUGCCCGUCCCUCUCCACAACACCCUGCCCUCGAAGGUCUGGACAAGCAUGCACAAACAGUCCUUGGUUUUGUGCUGGGCGCCACCUCACAGCAAAGGGGGCUUGCCUCCUCAUGUUCCUGAUGGCCUUUGGUCAAUCACCUGUCAGGAUUGGUGUGGGCUGGGCACCAAAACAGCAAAUGCUGCUCUCGAUCUGCUCUGUGCAUGUUUUAGAAACCAAGCAGCAAGUUUGCCACAAACCCAUAAGCAUCAAAUAAGCAUGAGAGAGAAAAAAAAAAAAAACAAAAAGCACGAUGUCUUGCUUUACUUAAUAGUUGGGUGUGGUGGGUCUUUGAAAUACGAUGAUUCUCAGUUAUCUUUGUUUUAACCAGAAUUCUACAUGCACUUUUGCGAAGUUCCCUUUUGUUCGUUUUUUUGUUGUUUUAACUUUUGGAAAACCCCCUCUAGGGGGCAGGAGAAGUAGAAUUACACACACACACACACACGCACGCACACACACCAGGUGGCACUGCCCCAGACACAGGUUGCUCUCCCCCAUUUUCUUGUCCUCGAAGCACCUUCUGCAGGAGCUGGAAGGGCAGGUUUUGUCCCAGGGAGGAUUAUCUGCCUGUUUGUGCCUCUUCACAUCAGGGCGAGGGUCUAAAUGAGUGUAUGUCUGGCCUGAAUGGGGGAGUCUCCUAAAAUGGGAAAGACGUGGUUUCAGAGCUCCACACAGCAUCUUAUAAGUCAACAAAUGUGUCCUGUUAGGUGUAGUUUCCACUUACUGGAUCAAAUGUUCUGUAGAUUUUUUAGGAGGCUACAUCACUAGCAGUGGGAAGAACAAGAUGCUACUUGUGUUCAUUGUGAGCUGAAUGAACAGGUCCUUCCUAGAAUGUACUGGGAACCACAGGAGUCCUCCUGUCCAGUAGAGUGCUGUGUUCUUCCUUUGUGUAUAUGUGUGCUCCAUUAUUCUUUCUAUGUGGCACCAGACAACAGUUCCGCAGUCAGGGAGACUUUUCUAAAAGGAGAAAAGAGCAAUACCUCCUGAAACAUGAGAUGUGGGAGCUUACAGUGAAGAAAGGAAUAAGGAGUAUUUCAAAAAUGCAGCAGUGGGUGUAGGAUGUGGUGGCAUUAUGUCGGGGUGAAGGAGAAAGGCCCAACUGGUUUGGCUCUUAUGUGAAUUUGGAAUUACAAAAUAUUCUGGUUACCCAGAAUACAGAUAAUAAACUUUGCAUCCAGAGCAAAAUAAAACAGCAGUGAAAGUCACUCGUGGAAGCCCAGCACUGUUGGGUUAGUGUUUAGGGACUUUGAUCAUAACAAGGUGCACACCCUUCUAGAAAGUGUAAGAUACUGAGUCCUUGAGAAGUCUCUGUGGACUGGUGACGGGGAAAGCAUGGAGGUUUUUGUCGUACUAUCGCAUGUGAACAUAGAUUUGUAAUGAUCUUUUGGACCUGAAUUAAAGGGACAUUUGAGAGUUUUCCAGUUCUUACAGUGACAGAGCUAAGAAUGUAGAUGUUGCAAGUCCAUGGAUCUUGAUGGAUUUUCUAAGAAACAUAAAUCACUGGCAUAUAUGUGAGGGAAGUAAGGGUUUAAAAGAAAGUUAUGCUUCAUUCCUCACAUGGUUUCAAAUAUGUAUCUGUUUUAUGCAUUUGUUUUUGAUCGGGUGGGAUGGUUGGCUCAGAACUGUUCCAUACCCUUCCAUGAUACCCUUGGCACAGAUGGUCAUGCCUCGCUCCUCAGUCUUUAUACGUGCAGUAUGUGUCCGUGUCGCCAGUUGCUGGGGGAGGAGGUGUUCUUUAUUUAGAGAUGUUAAUUCCAAUCUUGCCGCUGUCAUUUGGCCUCACAGUGUAAUAUGAUCCCGUUAACCUCUCUGUGCCUUGGUUUCUUAUCUCAUGGAGGAGAUUGUUGCCUGACCCGGGGACUACCUCAAGGACUUUUAGUGAGGACAGGUGAGAUUAGGAAGACUCAAGAACCUGUGGUACCAAGGUUCUCUGUGCUGACUAUAUGCUGGAAUCACUUGAGAAGCUUUUUAAAAAUGUUGGUUUCUAUACCCUCUCUUUUUCUCCCACCUCUGACGAAUGAAAUCAGAAACCUGAGGCAUCAGUCUGCUUUGAGAUGCGUUGAACCACUGCUUGAGAAGGAAGGACAAACACAUUGUUACCUUAGAAUAAUCAAAUAAGACCUAGGACUUUUUUUAAAAGUUCCUUUUGGAAGGACAGCCAUUUCUUUAAGAAUGACUGUUGUUGGUCAACAUGUUGACCUACGUAUUCAUGAUACAAGCAACUGCUGUCUAAGCAUGUUCUCUUUUUGCUUCUUGUCCCAGAUUUGUAAACUCAAAACGUGCUCUCAUUUCCUUAAAUAGUUUGUGAAGUCUUGACAACAAAUGUAAACAGACAGGAAUUUAUAAAUCUGCUAAAUAUGUGUUAAGGGUAUUCAUUACUGAGAGAAAAGCCCCUUCCCUCACUCUGAACUCCUGUGGAAAUUAUAAACUCGAUUUUACCCAGAACAUUGAAGUGCCUCAGUGUCUGUAUGAUUCAGUGCAGCGGGUACUGGCAUGCUUACCGGCUGACUUGCUGUUUCACUAGCGCCUCAGGAUGAUUAUUCCAGACUAGGAAUAUCUGGUAGUGUUGGAAAUGUAUGGGAUCCACAGAAUCCGCAAGCAGCAGCAAAGCUACAGAGUGUGUUUUCAUUGACAGCCAAGCUUGUGUCAGGCAGGUGUGGAUCCAGCCCUGGUGUGGGUGUGGGUGUGUGGGGGUACUCUGCUGGAGAAGACAAGGGGCCAGAGUAGGUCCCCUGCAGCAUGUGGGUGCUGUGGAGAAAAUUCAGUGAUACACUUGUCUCUGAUUCUAGACACAGAAUCUGUACCUAAGAGGAAAUGAAUUCUGAAAUAAGGCGAUUUUAUGAAUGUUUAAAAUGCCCAGAGCAUUAAAGUAAUAUUUCAAGCGUUUUUGUGCCCUUUGGUUCUAUCAUCUUAUCAUGGUGGUUGACUGUCCUAGGAUAUCACUGGUUAUUUGAGUCCAUGAUUCUGUUACUCAGGUAGGCAGACUUUUUCCGGAAAGGGUCAGAUUAGUAAAUAUUCUAGGCUUUGCAAACCAAACAGGUUCUUUGUUACAUAUUCUUCUUUUUAACCACCUCUUAAAAACAAACAGACUUAGUUCAUAGGCCAUACAAACGCAAGCCAGAUGUGGCCAUUGUUUGCUGACAUAGCAUGUUAUUCAGUACAUAAGCCAAUAGAUUGUCUUUUGAAACUGUAAUGAGCUCCUCUAAGGUGAAGCAUUGAAAUAAUUUCUGCUGCCAAAAUCCAGUCCAUCUCUUACAUGUCUUGUGUAUUGUCUGAAUCAUGAUACAGAUGGUCCGGUGAGACCCAUGGUUUUGAGAAAGGAUUAUGUGUGCCUCAAACAUAGGGAGUAGGUAGAGGGGCUUCUAAUAUGAUUCUGCAUUCAGCCAGAGGCCAUGAAGUCCUAAGAGUUCACUAAGGCCACGUAUAUAAAUACCUGUAAGUCUCACACACCUCAGCCAUUUAGUGUCAUUUAUGUAAAUUGUAGUUAACUUGUAACUUCCUGUGUAGAGAGACUGAAUGCUUCGGACUUCUUUCCCAUGUAUGGCUGCUUUCACUCCAUAAACAUACUUCUGGCACAGAGAUAAGGCCUUCCACAAAUGGAAACCCUGGCUUAAGCACUCCAGACAGGUUUCUGAUAUGAUAUGACACACACCUACCAGACUCAGUGUAGCUUGCAUGGGCAGGGUGCAGGGACAGGCAGACAUGGACCCAAGCAGGAAACUACUUAGGAUCCUGAGAGUGGACAGGUUCAAAGCCUUCAGAGGACUUCUCUUCGUGGCUGGUCCUGCUUGCUGUCAGUAGCUGCCCCUUCUCCUUAAAGAACCUGAAGUUAUCCCAUAGCCCCAGAGGUUCAGUGAUAUUUUAAAGAUGUCUCCCACAAAACAUCCCUAAGGUCAAAGGAAAAUGAGCCCCUGUCCCAGGGGCUGCAAGCAAAAUUCCUUUUCAAAAUUCACAUGAGAGGACAUCAGUAAGAACAGCAGGGUAAAACCUCUGAAAAUCCUAUCUCCAUG